ACACACACACACACACACACACACACACGGAGGACAUAAGAGGAGGGGUGUGUGUGUGUUUGUAACUGCAUGGAGGAGCAGAAGGGGAGGAGGCUCGCCCUUCCCCUGAUUGUAGCACUUUAACAAACUUGGUUGGGAGGUGGGAGAAAACACGCUGCUCCUUCAAGUGAGUUUGUUCCUCCUGGUGUCCAUUCUGGAGGGUUUUCCCAGAAUUAACAGGCCCCCGCUUCAAGGAAGGAGAUUUGUGAGAAAGUUUGGGCCAGAAAAUGUCUGAGGCAGGAGUCAACCCACAUUUGGAGGGAAUUAUUUCUGAUUUUGAAGCCCUUAAGAGGUCCUUUGAGGUGGAGGAUGUUGACACUUCGUCCCAUUCUUCACCUGGCUCUCGUCGAUCAACAAACUCUCCUCACCGUAACGCCAUGUCCCCUACAAGCAUCUACUGCCGCGACCUGGGCACUGCUGCCCCAUCUACCAACAACAUCAACUACACUCAGCCACGCUCCAUCAUGGGUGGAGGAGGCUCCAAGACCCCUGAGCCCGUGUCACGCCGCUCUGAACUCUCCAUUGAUAUCUCUUCUUCUAGCAAGCAGAUGGAUAACAUCACCAGCCCAGCUUCCGCACGGUUUGUGAGCAACAGCGCCCUGAAACGCCCUGAAGUCCUGGGUCACUCCAAGACCCCAGAGAUGGGCCACAAGAGGGAGGUGACUUUUGCCAAGACCCUGGCUGAUUCCCCAGUGAUGCGCCGUAAUGAGGGCAACAAUAACAACAAUGGGAUUGCUCGAAUCCCUGACAUCAAUCACACUCGCAAAUUGGAACCCCCAAGUCCCGGGGAUGUCCGUAGACCUGAAAUCAACAUCACCAAAGCUCCUCCAGAGAACAACGGUCAUCACGCAGCAGUCCACCACCCCCACCACCCCAACCCACACCACAACACCAUUGUCACAACCUUCCGCUGCUCCUCACCCAGCCAUGUUGGACGCAAGUCCCCUAACCCUGACAGGUCAGAGGUCAGCCUGAGCCAUAGCAACAUGUCCGAGACUGCAAAGCUCCACCAUCCCAGCCCUCAAGCCAAGGGGGACAAGAGCCAUGGAGGCGACUUCAGCUACGUGGGCAUUGAUGCUAUCCUGGAGCAGAUGAGGAGGAAGGCCAUGAAGCAAGGCUUCGAGCUCAACAUUAUGGUUGUGGGACAAAGUGGCCUGGGGAAGUCCACCCUGAUGAACACGCUGUUCAAAUCCAAAGUGAGCCGUAAUAAGUCGGUGCAGACCGACCCAGAGGAGAGGAUCCCCAAGACGGUUGAGAUCAAGUCCAUCAGUCACGAUAUCGAGGAGAAAGGCGUGAGGAUGAAGCUGACGGUCGUCGACACUCCAGGCUUCGGGGAUCAGAUCAAUAAUGAAAACUGCUGGCAACCCAUCAUGAAGUUCAUCAAUGACCAGUAUGAAGCCUACUUGCAGGAAGAAAUCAACAUUGAAAGGAAGAAAAGGAUCCCAGACUCCAGGGUGCACUGCUGCAUAUACUUCAUCCCUCCAACUGGUCACUGCCUGAGGCCUCUAGAUGUUGAGUUCAUGAGCCGUCUCAGUAAAGUGGUCAACAUCGUCCCCGUCAUCGCCAAGGCUGAUACGCUCACCCUGGAGGAGAGGGACAGCUUCAAACAGACGAUCAGGGAAGAGCUGCGAGCCAAUGGGAUCGACGUUUAUCCCCAGAAGGAGUUUGACGAAGACGCAGAGGACAGAAUGAUCAACGACAAGAUCAGGGAGAUGAUCCCUUUCGCUGUGGUGGGCAGUGACCAGGAGUACCAGGUGAAUGGGAAGAGGAUUCUGGGAAGGAAAACAAAAUGGGGCACCAUAGAAGUUGAGAAUAUCGCGCAUUGUGAGUUUGCUUACCUGAGGGACCUCCUCAUCAGGACACACAUGCAGAACAUCAAAGACAUCACAGGGAGCAUCCACUAUGAGACGUAUCGCGUCCGGCGGUUAAACGAGUCCAACCCCCAUCUCAUUUCUCAGCCGCCCAACCAUCUGGACGCGCAGUCCAAGGCUAACGGUCAGCUGGAGGAGCAGGCCGGCGCCCUGCAGGCUAACGGAGUGGCCCCUCAGCACGCAGCCUUGUCCCGCGAGAUGUAGGGAGCACCAGUUCACCCUAGCAGGACACGACCUGGCACAGAACGUCCACUCUGUCAUGCCCUGUUCACACACACACACACACACACACACACACACACACACACACACACACACACACACACACACACACACACACACACACACACACACACACACACUGAAUCCCUUCUUUGGUCGUCUCUUACCGUGUCACAGCUGAUGAAUUAGUUACAGAUGUCUCACUCCUGAGUGACCUUAUGACCAGAACAGCACCAGAAGAAACAGCGUCCUGUGUACAGAAAACCUUUGACUGAACCAUCUAAAAGCCUGGUUUGUUUCGUGCUGUGGUGUAUAGUUUGUAUAGUUACCAGGGUUACCGUAGGGACGUUAGCUUUCUAGUGUUUGUGACUAGCUUUGCCGAUGUCGUUGACACCUCCGCACUGUGAAAUGGAAAAAGAAUGAGUCAGAAGUGUGGAGCAGUUUUUGAAAAUGAGCCCCAUAGUCAUUCUUAUUCUGACGUUUUAAACCCCUUCCUGCCUAUUUCUAUAUAAAGCCGUAAGUGUUUGUGUACAACAGCCAUCCUUUCUUGCUCCUUUACUGUGUAUUUUUAUUGCUUAUAAAUGUUCUAAUGUUAAUGUAGAAGGCUGGGGUGCAGCUGUUUGUCUCACACAGUCGUUUUGUUCACUUUCUGGACUCGAACCAAAUACGUCUGUUUGAUCUAACGAAAGAAAGCACAUACAGUAUGUAGCGUUGACAUAUGGGUCUGUAUUUAUAUGUGACGUUUGAUGUAGUCCAUUUAAUUCCUCCGUUUGCCUUCCUAAAGUUUGUUUCAGGUCAGAGACGGCAGCAUCAAAUGUGGGUUUAGACUGUCUUGCAGCACGUUUCCCGUUUCCCAGCCUGCACUGUGUCAAGCAUCCAAUAACUUUAGCGAUUAGAGCUAAUCCUGCUAAUAAAUCACAUUUCCAUGAGUAAGUCUGCAGCGUUUUACUGCCAGUUAUCUGUUACAGCUGUGAGGAAGAAUCUGUGCCUGAAACCUUAAAAUGAUGCCAAUCUUUGAAUAAAUGCAACAGUUUCUGCAGCUAGUUACUAUUUUUGAAACAAAAUAUUUGAUAAAACACAAACUCAAGGGAUGUUUAAUAGACUCGGUGUAUUUAUAUCCUUCUGAUUUCCAAAUGAAAAAUAAUUUUGAGUCGAAGCAAACUUAUUUUCCAAAUUACAAUAAAAAAUGUCUUCUCUAGAAAAAGUGAUCGGAUUCCACUUUGUUUACUGUUGUAUAGUUCUUGUGUACUUUGUUAUGCCAUUGUAGACUAAGGUUUUAUCCUCGAUUUGCUAUCUGAAAUGAAUAAAGAUUGAUAUUUUUACCGUU